AUGCCCCCGAUGAGACCAAAGCCUUCGGAGAUUGCGACAGAAGCCAAAAAGACGUACAUACCAUAUAUUCAGAGAGAUAUGCCCACAUGUCCUCCUCAUUCAAUACUCUACGGGGACUCAUCGCAAAUCCACGUGGCCCCGGAGAAAAGAACAGCCCAAAGGCUGCGGGUUGCUGUCUUCGACGGCGAUCCUGUUGACGUCGCUCUCGAUUGGUACAACUCCAACCUCAAAGACCCGGCAAGGGCCCAGUCUACAGCACGCAUCCCUGUAGUCAACAUGGCAAACGAGAAACGUGCAGGUGGUGACUGGGAGUCUGGCCUCAUCGCGCCAGAGGAAUGCUUUGCUCGAAGGAGUAAUCUGGUGCAAGCCCUAGUGACGCCGUGGAACCCAAACAACGGGACGACGCACUAUCCCAUCCCCCAGAAGGGAGGGAUAUACUCGCAAUAUGUUGUCGUGUUCCGCGACGCUUCCGAGCCAUAUACGAUCUGGAAAGAGUUCAAAGACCUACCCGUGAUUUCUGUGGCGCCCGUUCGGCGACCGAAGCUCGAUGAGAGCGGGAAGCACUAUUCCUUCGACCAGGAGCGCGAACUCAUGAAAGAGAAGAUGCGUACAGUGCUCCGGAUUGCGGCCUACUGCAGCCACCGCGAGCUCUGCCUCGGGGCGUUUGGGGUCGGGUCCAUCUUCCGCAAUCCCGUCGAGGAGGUCGCAAGCAUGUGGAGGGCGCUGCUCUUCCACGAUCCCGAGUUCCAAGGCGUCUUCACCAACGUCGUCUUUGCUGUCGAAAAGAACCCGCCCGGGUACGUGCGCGGCGGCGAGCACGACUACGAGGCCUUCGUCGAGGCCUUCGAUCCUAAGAAGGUGUUCCCAACCGCUAGCUUCUAG